AUGGCCAAACGAUUCAAAUUGAAAUUCAAUAUCCCUUUGUUUCAAAUAUGUCGCUCAAAAGACCUUUCUUCUUUACCUGGAAACCCCGUUCCUGCCAUAUACCGUCUCUCUCCCGUUAACCACAACGCCCGUGACACAGGUUAUCCCAACCUUCCUUCUCCGUCACCGUCAAAGAUAAAGUCGUCAAUUGCGCAGGGGUGCAAAAUGUGCCGUGACAAGGAGAAUCCGAAGAAAGUGAAAUCCAGAGGCCGGAAAAACACGUCGAGAGUUCCGUUGAGGCGAAGCGAUUUUCUAAUCGACAACCUCGAGGAAGAGGAAAGCGAGACUUUGAUUUCUUGCUUGACAAGUUUCUCCGACGAGAUUUGUCACGACGACGUGAACGAUUUGAGUAACAGUAGGCAUAGAAGGAAGACGAGCAGCGUGAAGAAGGCUCAGAGCGUGAGGUUUCGGAGCUCUUCGGAGAAUCGAAGAGGAGCGGAAACGACGGGGAAGGUGAAGAAGAUGUCGACGACGGUGACGCGGAGCAAUGUGGAGGGGAAGGUGAGGGAGAGCUUUGCGGUGGUGAAGAAGUCGAAGGAUCCUUACGAAGACUUCAAGAAAUCGAUGAUGGAGAUGAUAACGGAGAUGGAGAUGUCCGAGGCGGAAGACCUUGAACAGCUUUUGCAGUGUUUCUUGGCUUUGAACUCGCGAAGUUAUCAUGCAAUCAUUGUUAGAGCUUUCAUGGAGAUUUGGCAACAAAUGUUUGUUUGGAACCCUACGUCCAUGAAAAAUCUCCCUACGGACGUUAAAACUGACAGGAAAGUAAAUUGUGCUUUGUUUUAG